UUUCUAGAUGAUUGGUGACGUGAAGUCGAUUCUUGCUGGAGAAACCAAGGAAAAGGAUGAUCCGACUGCCAAACCAUUGUCUCUUAUGGGACAUAAGAAGUCUAGUACGAAACGUCCAGAAACGUUCAAAAGGCCAGAGAAAAUGCAUAGAGAAUUAUACAACUUAAUCGGCAAUGCUGAAACGAAAGAAGCUGGUGCAGUGGUUCCGACAGAAAUCAGGAAGGGAUUUCGUCAACUGAAUGCCCAGCUUGCUGGACGCCCUGCUCGGAAGUACAAGUGGGUGCCUUUUAUAAACGAGGCUCGCAACGAUAAUCUUCAGUUAUAUCAUUGGCAAAGAGUUGAUAAACUUGAGAAUCCGGAACCGUAUCCAUUUGCAAAGUUCAAUAAGGUCAUCAAUAUUCCUGAUUUUACCGACGAGGAAUAUGAAAAGUACUUCAAAGUAGCAAAGUGGACACUGGAAGAAACACGACAUCUUUUUGAUGUAUGUCGUCGCUUCGACAUCCGGUGGCCCAUCGUGCAUGAUCGCUUUGAUAAAGAGAAGUAUGGUCAGCGAUCUAUGGAAGAUUUGAAGGAUCGGUUUUACGCCAUUACGAAUGAGCUAGCCCUACUCAAGGAUCCAAACUGCGAGCCCAUCUGCUUUGACGCGGAUCAUGAGAGGCGACGCAAGGAGCAGUUGAAUAAGCAAUGGAAUCGAACAAAGGAGCAGCUGGAAGAGGAGGAAAUGUUGCUCGCGGAAUUGAAACGUAUUGAAGUUCGUAAGAGAGAACGUGAGAAGAAAGCGCAGGACUUGCAAAAGCUUAUUAAUAUGGCUGAAGCUCCAGCAAGCCCUUCAGUCAGUGGAACAUGUAUGUCGCCUGCUUUGGGUAAAAAGAAAGGCACUAUGCGACAAAAAGCUAGCUCAGCGGCAGCGAAUAGCACGACAACGUUCAACUUCAACCCUGUGGAUAUCUCUGUUUCUGCUAUCCGAUUCCCUGAAUUCAAAUCAGCUGGUGCACAUUUGCGAAGUCAGGAGAUGAAGCUUCCAACAAACAUUGGUCAAAAGAAGUUGAAGAACAUUGAAGUGGUCUUGAGCAAGUGCAAACUGGAUAUGAAUCCUAUGGGCACAGAGGCGAUUGUAGCUGCUUAUAACGAGUUUCGAUCGCAGAUUAUUUUGUUGCUGGAGUUGAAGUCAACUCUACAAACAGCCGAGUUUGAACUUGAAACGUUACGUAAUAGGAUGGUUGAGGAAGGAAAAGAGCCUUUUGAAAUUGAACCGCGAAUGCGAAUCUCGACAGUGCCUGAGAAUGGGCUGGACCCUGAAGAAGUUACGGGCGAUGAAGGUGCACCAGCCACCACGCGGCGAAUCACGGCUUGCAUUGACACCUCGUCCUCUGCUAACCCUCUCCUGGUUCGCAAAAGGAAACUUGGCACCGGCUCAUUAGACGUCACGAGAACAAGAAGGACGUAGUGAACAUUGCGGGUAAACUUGCAAGUUUAUAGAUAUUGUUUAUAUGUCUUCAUUAUUUAUGUAAUAAAAUAAA